AUCUUCUAAAUCCCGAUCACAAUGCUUCAUCUAAGCAUUACUCAAUUCCAUCAGAUCUAUUCAAAUCCAUCAAUUUCUUUUUUAUUGUUUUAGUUUUUUCCCAUUUCUAAUCAACAUCGACAAGAUUCCAAUUUGAUACCGGCGAUCUUCAGCAGAGAUGUGUUCUUGCUUCCUGGGUCUUGCUUCAUCACUUUCAUUUCAUCUCAAAACUCAUCAAACAAGGCUUUGCUGCUGAAUGAAUCCAUUGAGUUCCUUAAAUCACUUCAGUUGCAAGCCCAGAUUCAUGAGAUCGCAUUUAAGAAGGAAACUUUGGGUUUCGUUACAAUACAGUAAUAUGUUGACAAGGUAAUGGGGGAUCUUAACUCUUGUGUCAAAGUCCUUUUACUGUUUAUAGGGUUGUAUUAUGUGUGCAUUGCUUGCUGUAGUUUAUGUCUUAGAAAGUGGUUCUAACUACAUUGCUUUAGACAUUUAUUUUGUCUUUUCUGCAUUUCUUUGGGUAUUUGUUGCAUUUUUGUUUCUUUCUUUUGAAGAAUACUGGGUGUAGGAAGAUCUUUUGGAGGAAAGGAUUAGAGUUGCCUUUGAUUAAUUAUAGAGCUUGUGUUUGAGAUUUCUAUCUUGAUAUUUAAGUAGCUCUUGAAUUAAUUUGCAUUCAAAAGUGUUGAGAAUGUGCUCUAUUUUUAAGGACAGAAAAGAGUAUCAAUUCCAAGAAAGCCUUCUCACCCAAAAAGAAAACGAAAAAGAAGAAGAAGAAGAAGAAGAAAGAAAGUCAUGUUGACUUCAUUCAAGCUUCUUUUAUCAUUAUUUAUUUUUCUUUUCUUUUUCCUACAUGAUUUGUUGAAUUUUCCCAUCCUUUUUCUUGGGUCAGAGUACUUCCCUAAAAGAUGUAAUUAAUUUAGCCAGUAGAUAAGGAGUAUUUUGGAGGAGGUUUGGGUUUUAGGAGGGACAGCUAUAAAAAGAGUUAAAAAUUGGAGAGUGUUUCCAUUUUGCUCUAUAAUCUACUAUUUUAGUAGGGUUUUGCCUUAUGCGUUUGAGAGUUUAACAGUUCAAAUGCUCUUGGGUCAAGUAAUUUAGCUAAAUUUUUUAUUGAAAUGGAACUAUAAACAAGGAGGAAGGUGAGAAUUUGGUGUGGAUUUUUAGGGAAAAGGGGUUUCUUUUCAAUUAUCUUGGGGGUUCUAUUGGUUUUUUUCUUAAAAGAUGGGAAGAUUUUAUCGAGGGGAUUGAUUUUUGUUAAGCAUGAAGCCUUUUAAAGAUGUAAUGUCUAUGACAACCUUUUUCUCCCCUCAAAUUUUGUACUUAUUUUUAUUACUCCUCAAUUUGAUUAGUUCCUUAUAUUUAUGAUAUGGUUUGAUAAAAGAAAGAAUGAGGAAUUGCCAAGGACACACAAGUUUAUGUCGGUGCCUAAUCUUCACCUAUUCCUGGAUGAUGAUUCUUGAUGUUUUCAAAUGUGGAGUAAGGCAAGUUGAUGCCUCUUAUCACCACCAUUUACUCUUUGGUCCCAUGUGUAUCCAAAUAAGAGUACCUUAUUUUGUGUAAGUGAAUUCUUAUUUUGAUUCUCAUUAUUAUUUUUGUUAAUAUUGUAUGUGUGUAUAUAGAUUCUCAUUAUGUGUAUGUAUACAUGUAUGUGUGUGUGUGUGUCCUGUUGAAUUUUAAAAUAUAUUGGCUGAUGCCUUCAAUUGUGUAUAAGAAAUUCUGCUACAUAAA